ACUUCGAUCAAUAUCGCGCUUGCUAGCACAACAGCUGCAAGUUAAACAGACCGGCCGCAAUAACCGGGCAGUGCAAGUGUGCAAGCAGAGUGCCGAUCGAUCAUGGGGUUCAUCGGCGGCGAGGAGCUCCUGGUGACGCUGGCGCCGGUGGCCGUGUACUGGCUCUACUCGGGGAUCUACGAGGCGCUAGGGAGCAGCGAGGCGCUGGACAGGUACAGGCUGCACUCCAGGAGGGACGAGGAGACCAAGAACAUGGCCUCCAAGAAGGACGUGGUCAAGGGCGUGCUGCUGCAGCAGGCCAUCCAGGCUGCCAUCUCAGUUGCUGUGCUCAAGCUGACAGGUGGUGACGAGCAAAUAAGCGGUGGCGUCAAGGCCCAUGACUCGUCGUCGUCGUCGUUCCUGGAGGUGGCGGCCCGGUUCGGGGUGGCCAUGGCGGUGCUGGACGCGUGGCAGUACUUCAUGCACCGGCUCAUGCACUCCAGCAGGUUCCUGUACCGCCGCUUCCACUCGUGGCACCACCGCGUCGUGGCGCCAUACGCGUUCGCGGCGCAGUACAACCACCCCGUGGACGGGGUGCUCACGGAGACGCUGUCCGGCGCCGCGGCCUUCCUGGCCUCCGGGAUGGGGCCCCGUGCGGCCGCGGUUUUCUUCGUGUUCGCGACCGUAAAAGGGAUCGACGACCACUGUGGGGUGCUGGUGCCGUGGAACCCGAUCCACGUUGUGUUCCGGGACAACAACACGGCGUACCACGACGUGCACCACCAGCUCGGCGGAGGGCGCCGCAACUUCUCGCAGCCGUUCUUCGUUGUCUGGGACCGGCUGCUGGGCACCUAUGCCGGUUACGCCGUGGAGCGUCGGGGUGGCGGCGGGCUCCGAGUCAAGAUCGUGAAAUAGUAUUUACAUGUGUGGUGGUAGUACUACGUACCAACAUAAUUAUGUCAGGUUAGUUGCACGGCGCCUCGUGCACGCCAGGACGGGUGAGUCCACUAUGGGUUGACAUAGUAUGUCGUUUAGUGACUAGGUGUACUAUUUGUCAAUGUUGUGUGGAUCACCUCAAAAGAAAAAUGUUGCCGGGAUAA